UGCGUUUGAAGUAAAUCAGCUGUUGACGGUCUCUCUAAUCGGGAGCUAACGUCACCGUAUGACAUCACUGUAGCAACAUAUAAGCUCUCGAUUGGAUGAAACCCUCAACAGCUUAUUUACUUCAAACGGAUGUAUAAAUAAAUCGUACUCUAGCGCUGCACUAGCUUUUGUAGCGGUAAAAGUGUAUUCAAGGGCACACGUUCCAUUGACCUGUUAUCUAUUUCGUUAUCAACGCAAUGGGUGACACUGUGGGGUUGACUGAUGCUGAAGCCAAGCAAUGCUGUAAAGAACCUGAUCUUUCUACAAAGGACUUCAUAUUUCAACAAACCAUGUACCGUAUCAAAGAUCCUAGACGAUCUCUGGAGUUCUACACCAAUGUUUUAGGAAUGCGUUUAUUGCAGAAAUUAGAUUUUCCUGAAAUGAAAUUUUCUUUAUAUUUUAUGGGAUUUGAAAAAGCUGAAGACAUACCUUCUGAUGCAUCAGAGCGAGCGAAAUGGACAUUUUCACGCAAAGCGACUUUGGAACUCACACAUAAUUGGGGAUCCGAGACCGACCCAGAUGUGAACUAUCAUACUGGCAACUCUGAUCCAAGAGGAUUUGGACACAUAGGAAUUAUGGUGCCUAAUGUGGAUGAAGCUUGUCAACGAUUUGAAAAUCUUGGAGUAGAAUUUGUAAAGCGACCAAAUGAUGGUAAAAUGAAAGGUAUUGCCUUCAUUAAAGAUCCUGAUGGAUACUGGAUUGAAAUCUUGAGCAACAAUCAAAUGGCAGAGUUAUUAAAGAAGUAGAUGUUAUGCAGAGUGUUGCAUGCUAGUUAAAACAUAUGGUGCCAUAUUGCAACAUACAUGUACUGGUUCAGGACAUAUGUACUCCUUUCCCUGCAAGACUGUUAUCACUGAAGGGCAACAUCGCUCCAAUGCAGACCAUAAGUAGUGAUGAGAAGACACAUUUGAAGUACUCACAACACUAAUAAGGGUCAAGGACAAAUCGGUUGAAGAAAUAAUUAUACAAAUGAUUGUUCACUGCAUUGUCAGUGCCUUAUGCUCACACAAAAGCCAAAUAUCAGAAAUUUUCACCAUAAUACUUGUUUCAUUGUGCAACUUUCCCUUGAUUUUGAAAACACAGAUCCACUUUCCUCAUAAUAUAUUUUAUAUUAUCUUUGUAAGAUACAUAUAUUUUGUGUAAUCUUUAUUCCAUAUAUUUUGUAGUGUAUUGUUACAAAAAUCUUUUAAAAAAAUGAAUUUCUGUGAUAAUUUUGUUUAGAAUAAUUGAAGAGUAGACAAGAAUACCUCUUCCUCAGAGUUGACGUUCAUACAAAUUACAUACUGAAACUAUUUGUGAAAUGAGUGAAAACUGUGUUAGUAGUGAAUAUUUUUAAUGUUCUGAAUUGCAAAUUUUAAGAAUUGAAGUAAAUUUUAAAUAUGUCCUAGUUAAUGUUUACAUAAUAAACUUAAUCAUGGUUGCAUCGUUUUCAUAAAAUAUCAUCCUGUGUACACAAUAAAGUAUAAUGAAUAACACACACUUCAGUUUGGAAAUAACUCUCUAAAAUAUUUCAAUAAACUUUUGUUUUAGAAUUGCACCUCUACAUCUACUAAUGCCAAACAAGACGUUUGUACCUUUCAUAAUUACAAAUCAACUCAUCUGGACACAUACAAAUCUCCGUAUUACAUACUUCACAUUCUCUGAAGAGAGCUUCUGUUUUUUAAUUAUUAAUCAUUAAGUGAAAGGGAACAAGUAAUGCCCGUAAGUGACUGUAAUGUAUUUUCAUAUAGAAUCAGGCUGUACUCUUCUGUAAUAUUUAACUACAUGGGGAUGAAAGUGAGGAAAAUUGGGAAAACUAAAAGCUAGCCCAGACUAAAGAGUUUAGGAAACUUGCAAAUAUGAUUGUUUGUGCCAGUUUGUACCGCCACUAGUUUUUUAAUUUUAUAUUAAUUUUCUCCCGUACCUUUGAUGCAAAAACUAUAAGAUAUGUUCCAAUAUGAAAAUGGCAAUGAGAAUGUUGAUAGAUGGUAGUUUGGAAUUCAAGGAAUUCUCAUUAUUGAGCAAUAAUAUUUAUCACUGUACAGGAGAGUGUAUGCAGGUUUUGAUUGUUGAAAUAGUGACGUUUAAGACUUAUUUUGGUAUAAAUGUUUCUAAUUGUUUUCCAGAUAUAAUAUUUAAAUGAAAAAAAGUGUGAUAAUUUCUUUUUAACUUCAUAACUUCUGGAUGUUUAACUUAUAGAUUUUUUAAAAUUAAUAAAGUUGUUUGCCGAUUAUGAUAUAAUCAUUCAAAAAAUGCUCUUGUGGCGAAGUUACUUGCCUUUCACCACUGAGGUUCCAGGUUCGAUUCCCACAGAAUCCCUGUAGAACCUCAU